GCAUAAUUACCAAACUAUCCAAUUCCGGCGUCGAAUUGUCAAACUCCCCCAAAAACCCUAACUGGGAUUUACAAUUCUACAUUUCUCACUUCACAGUUCUACUUCCAUGGAAGCAUAGAAUACAUAUAUACAAUAUAUAUAGAUACAGAAUCUACAAUUUCGGAACGGAAAUGGCGCCAAUCGCAUUUUUGGCUAAAUCGCGGCCGUUCGUCAGGCUGCAGAACUUCAAGUCAAUCUCCACAUUCAUUCACCUCCAGCAGGAGGCGCAGCUGGCGGAGCCUCCGGUGCACGCGCCGCCGCUUCCACCGAAUCCUGCCUCCGGCAGCCCGCGCUACAACGAGAACUGGCGGAAUCCUACAUCCGCCUAUUCGGCCGGCGAUGGGGCGCUUAUUCCCGUCGGGUUAGGGUUUCUCCAGCAUACGCAGGGCGCGCGUAUUCAGAUGCUCUCUCAGUCGCUUGACUCGCAGAGCUUGAUGAAUCAGUUCGCGGAUUGGAUGACGUCGCAGCGUUGGGAGGAUAUGAAGCAGCUUUUUGAGUUCUGGAUUAGGUCUUUGGAUGUGAAUGGGAAGCCGAAUAAACCUGAUGUGAAUCUCUAUAAUCAUUAUUUGCGUGCAAAUUUGAUGAUCGGGUCAUCUGCAGGGGAAUUGCUUGAUGUUGUAGCACAAAUGGAUGAUUAUGGGAUCUUGCCUAAUACCGCGUCGUAUAAUCUUGUACUUAAGGCAAUGCAGAAGGCCGGUGAAACUGUUGCAGCGGAGAAGUUGAUUGAAAGGAUGAUCCAGACAGGAAAAGAAUAUAAAGAAUCUUUGCCUGAUGAAGAGUCAUAUGACUUGAUAAUUGUUAUGCUUCUUUCAAAGAACCAGAUUGAUGCCGCCCUAAAGUACAUAGAUCUGACGUUGAAAUCUGGAUAUAUGUUGUCAAUGAAGGCGUUUGUGGAUUGUGUGCAAAGUUGUGUUAGUAAUGGGAGGCUGGAAACAUUGGUGUCCAUUAUAGAGAGGUGCAAGAAAAUGGAUCAGAACAAAUCCUUAUGUCCUCCUUGGCGUGUAUGCAAUUAUAUUGCUGAUAUUGCAAUGCAAUCAGAUAAUGGUGAACUAACUUAUUAUGCACUUGAGUUCAUGGCCAAGUGGAUUGCUCAAGGAGAGAGGGCAAGGCCUCCUGUUCUUCUUGCUGCAGAUGAAGGAUUAGUUGUCUCUGCCAUCGGAACUGCUGGUAGAAUUGGUCAUUCUAAACUCCUGGAUGGUUCAUGGGCUGUUCUUAAGCGGUCGUUGCGCCAAAAGAAGUUGCCGAAUCCCGAAUCUUACCUUGGGAAAAUAUAUGCUCAUGCUAAUUUGGGGAACCUGCAGAAGGCUUUUAGCACUCUGCAUGAAUUUGAGACAGCUUAUGGAAAUUCUAGCCAGGAAGAUGCAGAUGAUUUGUUCUCUCCAUUUUAUUCUUUAAAUCCUUUAGUCAUGGCAUGCUCCAAGAAUGGUUUUGCGACUCUGGAUUCAGUUUAUUAUCAGCUGGAGAAUUUAAGUCAUGCCAAUCCUCCAUACAAAUCUGUUGCUGCUCUCAAUUGUGUUAUUCUUGGCUGUGCGAAUAUAUGGGAUGUUGAUCGUGCAUACCAGACGUUUAAUGCAAUUGAUUCCAGUUUUGGAUUGACACCGAACGUCCAUUCAUACAAUGCCCUUAUAUAUGCGUUUGGGAAGCUCAGCAAGAGAGAUGAAGCUGUAAAAGUAUUCGAGCACUUUGUUGGAUUAGGCUUGAAACCAAAUUCGACUACAUAUACUUUACUUAUCGAUGCUCAUCUUAUUAAGCGGGACCCUAAAGCUGCUCUCUCUGUGGUUGACGAAAUGAUACAUGCAGGAUAUGAACCAUCAAAGAAACUGCUAAAAAAGAUCCGAAGGCGUUGUGUUCGAGAGAUGGACUAUGACUCUGAUGCCAAGGUGGAAUCUUUUGCCAGACAGUUAAAAAUUCGUUUGGGAACAGAAAGUCGAAGAGAUGUACUUUUUAAUCUUCAAUACGUCACAGAUUACGCUUGAUUCCAUUAACACAUCUUCGUGUCUUUUAAGGUUUUUUUUGUGCACUGUGGUCAGGAUUUCGGUUGUCACGUAUUUCCUUUUCUCUUUUCACCAGCUUUGAGCGGAUUAUUACAUCCUUGUAAAGUAUGGUCCUGUUCGGGCCUGAGCAGGAUGAAUGUUCCGAGGUAGCUUCACAAUCGUUGUUUUUCUCUAUUCCGUUUCGCUAAGAAAAAGGCUUUAGAGGAUUAAUUAUUGACAGUAGACACUCAGAUGAUGGUGAAUAAACAGUAGGCAAGAAAUCAAUAAUUUCUGGUGUAGGCUUUUUUGCUGAUCUGGUUACCGUUUUCUUCUUGACAUUAUUAAUGUUUUGAUAUUCAAUUUAAAGUUAGUUUCUGCC